UCCUUCCCUUUCCCGCCCGGCAGAAGCCCUAUAAAGCAGCGGUCGGCUGCUCCGGGCGGGACAGAUAACCAGCCCUGCCCUGCCCUGCCCGGAGCUAGGCCGGAGGGGGAGCAGGUCGAAGCGGCUUGGAGCGGGUUCCCUCUCCCCCUGUCCCCCCUGCAGCCGGCUCCGAGGUCCCCUCCCCGGCAACCCCCCGCGGGGACUGACAGGACCGUCCCUCCGUCCAGCCGGCCCCGGUCAGGGGAGGAAGGGGAGGUCUCGCCUCUCCCGGAGCCAUGCUCCCGCUGUGGCCUCUGUGGCUCCUGGCCCCGGUCCGGGCGCUGCCCCAGGGUCCGGCGGCUUCGGCCCAGUCUCCGGCCGGCAGCCAGUGCAUCGGGACCGACUGCUUCGCCGUCUUCUGGACGGCCACGUCCUUCGAGAGGGCGUCCCUGCUGUGCGAGAGGCGCUCGGGCCACCUGAUGACCGUGCGCUCGUCCGUGGCCGCAGAUGUGAUCGGCCUGCUGCUGGAGAAAGCCCCGGUCCGGACCCCCGGCAGCCGCCUGUGGAUCGGCCUGCAGCUGGCCGACCACAACUGCAGCCACGACGGGGACGGACCCCUGCGGGGCUUCCGCUGGGUCACGGGCGACAGCCGCACCAGCUACAGCAAGUGGCGAGACCGGGACGACCCGAGCUGCGGACCGCUGUGCGUGGCCGUCCCCGUCUCGUCGGCCGAGCGGGACCUGAUUUGGGAGACUCAGUCCUGCGACGCCGUCUCCUCGGGCUUUCUGUGCGAGUACAACUACCCCAACUCCUGCCAGGCCCUGGCACUGGCGGCCGGUGCCCGCUACGUCACCCCCUUCGGGGGGCACGGGGGUAACUUCCAGUCGCUGCCCCCCGACAGCAAGGCCUUCGUGUCUCAGCUGGGACUGGAGCUGACGUGCGGGGUGCAGGGGCGUGGGGACGGGCAGGAGCAGGGGCUUCGCUGGGGCCGCCCGGACCCGGGGGCCUGGGACUGCAGCCUGGAUCAGGGCGGCUGCCAGGGCACCUGCAAGCGGGAGUCCGGCGGGCCCGAGUGCGAGUGCCCCGGGGAGACUGUCCUGCUGGCCGACGGGCGCUCCUGCGGGCCGGCCGGCGACUUGUGCUCGGGCAAGUGUGACCAGUACUGCAUGGAACUCGAGGGCUCCGACGGCUUCCAGUGCAUGUGCGACUCGGGCUUCACGCUGGGCCCCGACGGCCGGACCUGCCUGGACAUCGACGACUGCGCCCUCAGCCCGUCCCCGUGCCCGCAGGCCUGCAUCAACGAGAAGGGCGGCUUCCGCUGCGAGUGCCACCCGGGCUACCACCUGGAGAACGGCCAGUGCCAGCAGCCCGACUGCGCCAGCCUCAACUGCGAGUACCAGUGCCUGGUCCAGCCCGACGGCCUGCCCCGCUGCGAGUGCGCCCCGGGCUUCGCGCCGCGCCCCGACCAGCCCGAGAGUUGUGCCCUCUUCUGCAACCAGACCCAGUGCCCGGCCGACUGCGACCCCAGCCCCGAGGGCCCCUGCUCCUGCCCGGCGGGCUACAUCCUGGAGGAGGAGGCCGAGGCCGAGGGCGGCAACGUGUGCAGCGACAUGGACGAGUGCUCGGCGGGCAGCUGCGACCAGGGGUGCCGGAACCUGCCCGGCUCCUACGAGUGCUUCUGCUACGAGGGCUUCAGGCUGGACCCGUCAAUGGAUGGGGGCUGCGUGAUCGACGGCGACGGCACCGUCGAGGAACCCGGCUCGGGGGAGCCUUCGCCGGCGCCGCCGACCUCCACCACCUCCCCAGAGACCCGGCCCGCCGGGAGGGGCGUCCCCCCCGGGGCGCUGGUCGGCAUCGUCCUGGGCGCCCUGGCCCUGGCCGCGGUGCUGGUGGCCGUAGGGUGGCGGCUGCGGAGGCGCCAGUGCCAGGCGCUGGGCCACAAGGGCGCCGGGCCUGCCAAGGAGAUGAUGCUGCACCAGAUGCGCGACCAUCCCGCCCCCCAGAAGCUCCAGGUCCUGGGCCGGGCCCCGGGGGUGCCAACCGUCUGAGGGUGCGGCCGGAGGGCUCAGCCGGGCAGUGCCCCCGGAGCGCUCAGCCGGGCAGUGCCUCCGGAGCGCACAGCCGGGCAGUGCCCCCGGAGCGCACCGCCGGGCAGUGCCCCCGGAGCGCACAGCCUGGUAGAGCCACCGGCGCGCACGGUCGGGCAGAGCCAAGGGAGUGCGGAACCUCCCCCGUCCCCAGAAACCCCUACUCAUUUUCCCGUCGGACCCAGCCCCCGCCCCCUGCCCCUCGCCCGCCGCUGUUCCAGGACCCACCCGCCUUUCCCCCGGGCGGCGGGGCCGGGGCGGCCGUCGGACACCAACCUCAGCGCGCCGGAGCCGUUCGUGGCUCCGAGCACCCUGACUCACAGCUGGUUUCGGGGGUCUUGAGUGGGCCCCGGGGGGCACAGGGUCUAGCUGAUGGGCUCCUUGCUCUCCUCCUUCUAAAGUUAGUCGCUGCCGGCGCACCCCAGGGGAAACUUGGCCCCGGGGCCACCUGAGGGUGGGACCCAGGGCCUCCUGCUGGGGGAGAGGCAGGGCUCCUUUAUCUCAGUCCACGUGGGGGGAUCUCUGUCCUCCCUUCCUCUCCCUCCCCUCGCAUUCCAUCCCCACCUGGCCGCCCGGCUGGCUGCAGAGCUCGCAGACCAGAGAGGAAAGCAUUGAGAAAGGAAAGCCUUAUUCAAUGCUCGGAAUCCACCCCGCCCCACUCUCCGGAGUCGCCGGGGACCGGGGCGUUCUUGGGGCUGGGCGGGUUACUUAAGGGUCAGACCAGGGCUUAGAAGCUGCCCCCGGGGAAAGCUUCAGGCUGAAGGGGUCGCUGAAGGGGUCACUCGGAACUCGGCCCUCUGGGCUCCAAAAAGAUCAUACUGACGGGAGAAGCAGAGACUUUGGGUGCCUUUAUCCCCAGCCUUUCAAGGUUGUACCUCACAACCAGAUCCUGACUGGGCCCGCAAAGGGAAAGGCCAGCUUUGAGCAGCCAGAAGCCCUGCUCUUGACAAAUGGACCACUUCUAAGGUGGGCUGGACUACCUAUAUUUGCUGUCCUCACUGAACGGAUUCACCGGAUGAUUGUCUGGCUCCCCGCCACCCAAACUAUGUAGACGUAGCUUGUGCCUCUGGAAUUCUCCCAUUUUGGGUGAAGGAGGAUUGCUCGAAGAUGUCGAGGGUUGAGAGCCGGGCCCUUCCCAUUUCAAAAAGCUGGGGAGUUUCUGUUUCUGGGUUUCCCCCUUUGAAGAAGCAGCAGGAAGUACACAAACUGGAGCGGGGACUCUGGACCCUGGAGUGGAGGGUGUCUUGGGACGUUUAAGCUGAAGUGAUCCAAUUGCCUUCAACUUUGGAAGAGAAAUUCUGUGUUCUGCAAAGCCCUUGUUUUUUAACUGUAUAGUAGUGCCCUACCAUUUUGUAAACUUGACAUGUGUAAAUAAUUAUUUAUUUAUUGUAAAGAGCAGGGCAAGGCCUUGCUUGAAAGUGCUUAGUACACUGCUCUGCACACAGUACGGAUUCAAUAAAUACAAUUGAAUGAAUGAAUGAAUGUUCAGAAAUAAAUGGUUGUGCAAGCCUGUCUGGCACCAGGA